CAAUCAGUCACAUGCUUUAUUCAUUACUGCUGCCUCCCCUAUCAAUAGAUUGGUCUGCAGCUGUGAGAAACAUCUUAUUCCUUUAAACCUGUAUUGGGUCCUUUACUGCCCCCCCCACUCCACAGAAAAUGAUAUCCAUCAGAAAAUGAUCAGAACCUGCGACAUUCAACACAGAGAAGUGCUUCUGAAGUCUGAUAGAAAGACUAAAUCCACUAUCAGCUCUUUGCACAGACACACUGAGUUGACCCAUUUUGCAUCUUUAUGAAAAUGAAGCUUUUGUUGAUUAUUUUGUACAUUGUUUCUAUUGCCUUGCUACACAUAGAACUAGCUUAUUGUAUCUGCUCCAGUGCUGAAUAUGAGAUAAACGGACAUUGCUGCCAUAUGUGUGCACCUGGUAAUCGUGUUUUAUGGCAUUGCACAGUGGAUACCAGCACGACUUGUGUACCCUGUAGUGCAUCCACGUACACAGAUGAACCUAAUGGGCUUGAAAUGUGCUUUUCUUGCUCAACCUGUGAUGCAGGUUUAAGGCUACAGAAGGCCUGUACACGGUUAUCAAAUACUGUUUGUGAGCCACUUAAAGGAUUCUUCUGUAUGGUCAGAGAAAAAGGCAGCUGUAAAUUAGCUGUUAAACAUUCUCAAUGUAAUCCUGGAGAUUACAUCCAACAAAAAGGAACAGCAAGCACUGAUACUGUGUGUGGUGAAUGCACAAAUGGCACCUACUCUGAUGGCACUUUCACAGCUUGUCAGCCACAUACAAUAUGUCAGAGUAUGGGUCGUAAACAAAUAGAAACAGGAACAACAUCAUCUGAUGCUAAAUGUGAAUAUACUCCGAAUGGUCUUGUUAUUGGAAUCGUAUCUGGUGUUGUGGUCAUUGUUGUUAUUGUUGUUAUUGGAGUCUCAGUAACCCAGUUUGUCACAUUCAAACAUAAGUCAAAGGCUCGUCCAGUGAUAAGGUAAGGCUUUGACAGUUUUCCCCCAUUAUAAUGUACUUUGCAUUAAUCUGAUUAAUUUAAUAAUCAUUUUUAUACCUCUUUAAUGUUUCAGGUCCGUCCAAGUACAAAAUGUUGGUGGAGGGCUCUUAAAGUACUUACAUAAUCCAUGGACAUAAUGUUACUUAUUACAUUUUAACCAGUCAAAGUGAAACAAAAAGAAAAACUUUACUUGUUACUGAUAGUAGACAAGCUGGUCACUGAGAGUGAUAAAACUAUGCACAUGUGUUUUCUUGCCUAUAAUAAAAUGUAUUAACAUUACUGUGGUACAGAUUAAACACUGUAAAAGAUUACAAGAAGAAGACAAUGUAAUAUCAUAAAAAUAAUUAUUCUUAACCAGUUACAUCUGUAAUGAAAUGGAUAUCAACACACUCGCUAUUAAUAUUAGAAAUUAGUAAUUUUGACACUACUUGCAUGAUAUGUUGAAAUUAGAACACAAUAUAACAGUACUUGUGAACAAUUUUGUGACAUGACAUUUAUUGGUAAAUAUAUAAAAAAAUCUGUAACUUUUUCCAA